GAUCAGUUUGUAAACAUAACCUCUUGGAUAUUUUUUAUCUGUACAACGUGUUUAAUGUGAAACUAAUAAACAAUGCCUAAGAGAAAGAAGGUAGUUAAAGUUUACAAUACGAAAAAGAAGCACGAAUCCGAAACAAAAAUAAUCGAGAAACUGCAAUCAAGGUAUUUCAGUAUUGAUGAAACAAAAGCAGAAAAAUUUACGGAUCUUCCGAUAUCAUCCAAGACUUUAAAAGGCUUGGCAGAAAAUAAUUAUUUUGUUAUGACGGAUAUUCAGAGGCAAAGUAUCGGACUGGCAUUGCGUGGAAAUGAUAUUUUAGGAGCUGCCAAAACUGGCAGUGGGAAAACAUUAGCAUUUCUUAUUCCAGUACUGGAAAUCUUGUAUUGUAAGCAAUGGACAAGAUUAGAUGGACUUGGUGCACUUAUUAUCACACCAACUAGAGAGCUUGCUUAUCAGAUAUAUGAAACAUUGCGUAAAAUUGGUCACCAUCACGAUAUUUCUGCUGGUCUUAUUAUCGGUGGAAAAGAUUUAAAGUUUGAAAAAAAAAGAAUGGAUCAAUGUAACAUUGUCAUAUGUACUCCAGGUCGUUUAUUACAACAUAUGGAUGAAAAUCCAUUGUUUGAUUGUGUGAAUAUGCAGGUAUUGGUAUUGGAUGAAGCAGAUCGAUGUUUGGAUAUGGGUUUUGAACAUACUAUGAAUUCUAUUAUAGAGAAUUUACCACCAAAGAGACAGACUCUCUUAUUUUCUGCCACUCAAACUAAAUCUGUAAGAGAUUUAGCCAGGUUGAGUUUGAAAGACCCUAUGUAUGUGUCUGUUCACGAACAUGCUGCACAUACUACACCUGAAGGUCUUCAGCAAAGUUAUGUUGUUUGUCCUUUGGAAGAUAAGAUGUCAAUGAUAUGGUCAUUUAUACGAAAUCAUUUGAAACAAAAGAUUAUUGUAUUUUUCUCUAGUUGUAAGCAGGUAAAAUAUGUAUAUGAAAUAUUUUGUCGAUUGAGACCUGGCUUAAGCUUGUUAGCUCUCUAUGGUACAUUGCAUCAACUCAGAAGAAUGGAAAUUUAUGAAACUUUUUGUAGAAAAGAAUUUGCAGUUUUAUUUGCAACUGAUAUCGCUGCUCGUGGGUUAGAUUUUCCUGCUGUAAAUUGGGUCGUACAAAUGGAUUGUCCUGAAGAUGUAAAUGCGUAUAUACAUCGUGCUGGUAGAACUGCUAGAUUUCAAAGAGGUGGUGAAUCUCUCCUAGUUUUAUUGCCUUCCGAGGUUAAAAUGGUUGAAAAACUCAAAGAACGCAAAAUUCCAAUAUCUAUGAUAAGAAUUAAUCCCAAUAAAUUACAAUCGCAACAACGUAAAAUGGAAGCUCUAUUGGCACGAGAUGUAUCGCUGAAAGAAAGCGCUCAACGAGCAUUUGUAACAUAUGUGAAAUCAGUUUUUCUAAUGAAAGAUAAAGAAGUUUUCAAUGUUCAUGCAUUAGAUACUGAUUCGUACGCGAGAUCUUUAGGAUUAGCUAUACCGCCAAGAAUUCGAUUUCUUCAGAGAAUGGAACAAAAACGACAAUCAUCUACUAAAAAAACUGAAGACAAAGAACAAAUUAUUAGAAAUAAUGAACUGUACAAUAAUAUAAGGCAAGAUCAAACUUCUAAUCUCUCUGAGGACAAUGAGUCUAUAGAAAAUGAAGAAAUAAUUACACAUCAAAAAACAAAAGCAAAUGAUUUUGUAUUCGACGAUAGCGAUGACGAUGAAAUAUUGACCGUGAAAAGAAAGAACAUAGACAUCGAUGAAAUAUUACCAGUCACCACCACUAACGACGAAAAUUUAGGUUCAAGUAAAAAGAAGGCUGUUACGAAAGCUGCAGUGGCUAAGAAAAUGCUUAAGAAAAAAAUAAUACCAAAUAAGAAAAUUACUUUUGAUGAUGAGGGAAAGGAACUAUUAGAUCCCACUAAAGUGAAGAUCUCUGAGUUCGCUAGACAGUACGAAAAUGAAGUAGAUUCUGGUAUCAAUAUAGAACUAGCCAAACAGAUAUUACGGGAAGAAGAUAAGUUUGACAAACAACGUUUUAGACAGAAAAUAAAAGAGAAACAUAAAGAAGAAAAACGAAAAUUGAAGGCUAGUAAGAAGAAAGUAGACAAAGAUGAAAUUAGCGAUCAAGAAGACAUAAAUGAUAAUGUUGAUAGUAAUGAGAGCGACAGCGCGCAUAGUGAACCAGAUUUAUCAUGGUUACCAGAUCCAGAUAAAAUCUACGGUAAGCGACAAGAAAAUGACGAAGACGUUUCAGACAUUGACGAAUCAGGGGAAGAUGAAGAGGAAAACAAAGUACAUAGACCCCCCAAGAAAAAACUGUUGACACAGGAGGAAUAUAACAAAAUAAAGAAAAAACAAAAAACAUUGCUCGAAAUAAACAACACUCACUUACAAGCGGACGAGGAACUAGCAUUACAACUUUUACAAAAUUGAAUCAAAAUA